UGCGACUGUGGCUGGAUUUAGUGAGUGAUUGCGACUGUCACUGGAUUUAGCAAGUGAUUGCGACUGUCACUGGAUUUAGUGAGUGAUUGUGACUGUGGCUGGAUUUAGCGAGUGAUUGCGACUGUCGCUGGAUUUAGUGAGUGAUUGUGACUGUGGCUGGAUUAAGUGAGUUAUUGCGACUGGCUGGAUUUAGCGAGUGAUUGCGACUGUCACUUGAUUUAGUGAGUGAUUGUGAUUGGCUGGAUUUAGUGAGUGAUUGCGACUGUCGCUGGAUUUAGUGAGUGAUUGCGACUGUCACUUGAUUUAGUGAGUGAUUGCUGACUGGCUGGAUUUAGAGAGUGAUUGCGACUGUCGCUGGAUUUAGUGAGUGACCAGAAUGGAAUACAUUUAAGUGAAACAAGGCUGAGAUUGACUGUGUCCUGACGAUGAGGUACCAGGCUGAAGACAGACAGCAGGCUGUACCAGGCAGGCCUGUCUACCAACAGCCAGAGUUGAGGGAUCCCCCAGCCUACCACCCAGGGCCCCCUAGGGGACAACAGGGCUACCAUCUUCCUGUGAAUGAUCGUCAGCGAUAUUAUGAUCUGAAAGCAAAUAAUGGACAGGAUAGAACACCAAAUCGGGGACAGGAUUAUAAAAAUUCACCAAGGUAUGAUAGGGAUGGUAAUAGACCUCAAAUAAGGGAUACUCCACGCAGGGGAGAUAAUCCUUAUGACAACUUUGACAGGGGAGGCAAUCAGACUAAUGACUUGCCUAACAUUGAUCCAAGGUAUAGGAGAAAUCCACAGCAGCAUGAAGAGAACUUUGACCAGAGAAAUAUUCGUAAGGAUGAGCCAUAUAAUGAACAUCAACAGAGAUACCAAGGUACCUAUGUUACCAGACAGGACACUGAUCGGCAAAGAUACCCCUGAUCGCGACCAGCCUAACACUCAGAGAGGUCCCAACAACCAGGUACCUUUGCAUUCUCGUGGGUCUGUGCGUCCAAAUGUACUCCCACAGCAUGACAAGCUGUUCUUAGACAGUCCAGCACAUGGCACGCCAAGGCUUAAUCAACCCUACGCUAAUACUGACCGCAGAAAUCGUGACCCUUUUGGCCCAGAUCCAUACUAUGAGAACUCAUCUCCACAACAUAUGGCCCCUAUUCAGGGUCCAGCUCAUCCGCAAUACAGUGGUAGAUCCCAUCCCCCACCCAGGAGGAUAGAAAAUAACAAUGGGUUAAGGCCAUUCAGUGAGCAAAUACCUAACCGAGUUGAGGGUGGGCUAAACCAAGACCAGGGACGGAGGAGUGAGUCCCAGAUUAUAGACAAAAGGACAGGGAAACAAUUCUCAAAGGAAAACUCCAACGUGCAAUAUUUAUUGAGGAACAAUUCCAGGACCAAAAGCUCUAUUAGGGGGUCAGGAGUCACACGUCCGGCAAAUGUCACAGGUCAAACUACACAGGGCAGACCAGAGGACAACCGAGGUCACGCCAGGGUUAGUCAAGGUCAAACUAAUGAUGAUAGUAAAACUAGAAACACUGCUGUAAAAGGUAUAAUGUCUGGACGGAGGUCUGAUUUAGAACGGGAAACUGCACAGAAAAAGACGGUCGAAUUUCAAGAUGGAAAUAAACAGAUAAAUAGUGAUCUCAAAAUUGUAGAGCCGAUAGACCAAACCAAAAAUGAUUCCGGUAAAACAAAACAGGAGGGUAUAGGAAGUAAAACUGGGUAUGAAUUCCCAGACGUGGAUGAUUUAGAUGACGUUAAUCUGGAGGAUGUCGAAGGGGUUUAUGAGGGAAAGGAUAUAUACAUGUGUUACUUAAAGACUGAGCAAGGAGCUCUUGUAGGGCCACUUCGCUUUGACAUCGAAGAUAUCAGUAUAGGACUUCCAGACACUGAAUCAUCAGAAGACAAGCUGGAAACACAGGAAGGUAUGAAGUACCGGCAGACAGGGUCACAUGGUUUAAAUGAGACGUCAAGUCGCAGUCACAGUAUGAUGACGCUGGCCAUCGACUCCGAGCUGCAGGAUCCUGAGGACGAGAACCUGUACAUUACAAAACGUGGCAAGCUCACAUUUGUGGAUCUCGCAGGAAGUGAGAAGGUCAAGGAUUCACAUUCCACAGCGGAGACUUUGAUUGAGUCCAAUAACAUCAACAGGAGUUUGCUGGUAUUAGGAAACUGUAUUUCAUGCCUUGGUGACCACCGGAAAAGAGGAGGCCAUGUUCCUUACCGAGACAGCAAGCUGACAAAGCUUCUGGCAGACAGUCUAGGUGGCAGUGGAGUCACCCUCAUGAUUGCCUGUAUCACCCCCUCAUCCCAUCAUAUAUCAGAGACCAUGAACACACUGAGAUAUGCCAGCAGAGCCAAGAAAAUCAGAACUAAACCACUAAUCAAAAUGGAUCCUAGAGAAAAGUUGAUUAUGAGUCUGAAGAGAGAGAUCAAAAUACUCCGCAAUGAAAAUCAGUAUUUGCGUCAACAGUUGGAGUUCCCAGAGAAAACUAAAGCAGCCAUGCAGAAUGAAAGUGAUGAGAAAUAUAAGAAAUUUCUGAAGGAUCAAGAAAAUAACAAAAGCAGUGACCAGCCUAAGAAGGAUCCCAAGUCUGAGGAAGCUGGCUUAUAUGAAAUGUUACAGGAAUAUAUGAUUGAAAAUGAGGCUUUAAGGACUGAAAAUGCUGAUCUACAUGCAACAAAAGACAAGAUUCGACGAGAACAACAACUUCUAUACAAAGACAAUGAGAAGAUGAUGAAGAGGAUCGAGGAUUUAGAAAGGUUAAUUGGUCCUACUGCCUGGCGACGUCCACCAAUUGACCCCUACAGCCAGCCGUCUUCCAACGCCCCCUCACAGGUUCAGUCCCCUCGCCAGUCACCAGCUUUACAGUACCGCUCGCCUCAACCCAGUGGUCAGCCUUUUCCUAUUGGUCAACAAGGACGCUACCCAUCACAAGAGCAAUAUGCUGUGGCACCGAGUCCUAAUGGAACCGCAAGGGGCAAGGGUCCUCCUCCCCCUCCUCCACCCAAUAACAGCAAGCCUCGACGACCCCCUCACAGACUCGCAGAACCCAUCAUGAGACCAGCUCAAAUACCUCCUGAUCACCAAAAUGGUGGACCUGCUUAUGAUCACCCACCUCCCAGCAUGCCUCAGCAGCACAUGGCAAAUGGACCAAUCAGACAAGAAUCACCUGCUAGGAUGGAUAGCCGAGCUACUUCCCAAUUAUCGAAUACAGAAUCAGUGCGUUCAAUGAAUGAAAAGCUAAAACAAGAACUUGUUGAGCUGGAAGGGGAAAUAGCUCAUCAUCAAAAUAUGAACCAGAGGACUAGGUCAAGCAUGUACGGGUCACAGGCUUCUAUCAGGUCUGGACCCAGGUGACAGAACUCAAUCAUCACCUAAUCUUCCAUGUAACAGUAUCAGUGUCUUAUAGGUACAGGCGACGGGCCACAUGUACAGCUGCAGGGCCAUGCUACACCUCUGUAGGGCUUCCGUGUACAGCUGCAGGGCCAUACUGGUAAGACUCCUCUGAAGGGGCCACAUAUACAGAGGCAGGGCCCUUCCUGAGAUGCCUCACACAAACAGCAUGAAGAGCCAUCUGCAGGACCAUGAGAAUAUGAACUCUUUAAUUGCAACAGAUCAACAUUGUAAGCAGCAGCCGUUUCAAAGUUCACCUAACAUAUUUUUUGAAGAUUUCUAAUUCAAGGAAUAUUUGUCCUGAAACAUAAUUUUCCUAUAAAUUUGAAAUUAUAUCAAAUUUUCAUUCAUUUGUUAAUCUCAAAAAAGGAAAUCCUGUACAGUUUUAAAAUACACAUGUCAAAUUCAUUAUGUUAUAUUCGCAUAUUAACAAUUCUGAACUCAAUAAAUGCAUCUUCACUUUAUAUUACUAAUUUCAUUUAAAUAUGGUAUUCAACUAUAAUUGCUUUUUAAAUGAAAAUUCACAUCCUUAAUUAUAAAUAACUCACUUGAAAAAGAUGUCUAAAAAGGGUAUUAUUUAUUUGUAAAUUUUGCAAGGUUUAAAAUUCCUUAUUGCUAGACACCCUAGGCACUAUUUGGGGAUAUGAACAGAAUCUUUGACCAAUCAAUGCUCGGUUGGUACUGAACAAGGAAUAUUAGGGUUCCAAGGAUUCAUCUUAACUGUGCUAGCUGGACUGUUAAAUGGUCAGAAUGCUGAUCAUCUAGUAGAGCCUGUCUGUAAUGGAGAGUGAGAAUGAGAGUUAAUUUAUGCUGCAAGUGUGUAAUACUUUUGUUCAUCUGUACAUAAUAUCAUUUCUUAUAUGUCUUGUAUUUUGUGUGAUGCCAACAUUCUGUGUAAUGGUGUAUGGAUUGUAUUGUAGUGGUCUACAUAAGUUCAAAUGUCAAUCACUACAUUAAUUUUGUUGAGUUACUGUAUAUUUGGUUAUUUUCACAACAGUUUUAUUAUAAAGCUUUAAAUUUCAUAGUAGGACUCUACUGCAAAUUUAACAUGCACAACAAAAAAAUUCAAUUCUGAAACUGCUUGAAGAUUCAAAUUUAAACAAGACAAACACUCCUUUCAUUAACUAUCCUGUGUAAUGAGCUAGUAAUAGACCUGGUCCAAUUCAAUUUUACAUCUAUACGAGAAAAGUUUUAUCCUGAUGAAAUUGUGAAAAUAACACUGUAUGAGUUGAAAGUCUGAACUCUGUAUUAGUUGAGCCAGAGAGCUAGAGCCAGCACAUGCAUCGACUUUAAUGUCCAUGUAAACAUACAUGUUAAAGCCAUAGUUAAACUCCACACAGAACCUAUGUUGGGUUCUACAUACAACUCACAGAAAAUAAGGGGAUUAUUUUUAUUCAAACAUUUUGUACAUGAUGCAAUCCUGUCUGGUUUAAAUUGGCUGUAAAUGUUCAUUAAUUAUUAUUUGGCAAAUUAUCUUGGUAAGUUUUAUUUGAAUUGAGAGGACAUUGGUGGUGGGCGUAAAUUUAUGAAUUAAUCUCCUUGCAAAUAAGAUUUUCUUAAAUAGGUCAACAGCAAAAAUUUCAAUUCUAUCAAGUUCACAAAUUGAAUGUUAUUUAAAUUUAUAUCUGAAGUGUUCCAAUUAGUUUAAGAAAGAAAAAAUUAAUAAAGAACAAAAUUAUUAACAAAAUUCAGUCGAAAUGAUUUACCAGUUUACGGCCUACGUGACUCUUCCUUACUGCUGGGUUGAUUAUCACUGACUUUAGUCAGUCAUUGUUCUGUCAGGAUUAUAAAAUUCAAUCUGAGUUGGCUACUAAUAGUUUACAUGUAAGGUCUCAAGAGUAUUUGUUUCUUCUGUUAAGUACAGUGUGUCAUUAACAAGAUUUACAUAUUUAGUUCAUAGAAAUUUAUUGAAAUUGACCAAGCUCAACAUUGGCAUAUGUAUGUUACAAUCAUAUUAAAAAGUGGUUUAUAGGUUUCAUGAUUCUGAGCUUUUGGUUCAGUAUAUCGGUGAUUACUUCCUAAAAUUACAUCAGAUAGCUCAUAGCAUGACAUUGCAAUAUUUUUAUGUCAAAAUUGUGUUAUAUAUCAUCAAAUUUAUGUUUAAUCGGAUUAGAGACAGAAAUUGUCCAGUUGUUGCAAAGAAAAUUUAGAUUUGUGUGAUUGUAGUACAGGUUAUGGGAUGGUAAACAAAAUAUGUAAAUUACAAUGAUUUAUCAUAAUUUAUGUCAAUGUAAUGGGUUUUUUAUUCACAAAUAUGAUCAUCUACCUGAAAACCUUGGGAUUAUACUUGAAAAUAAAUUGAGGAAAUCUUACAUAACUCGCCUUAUUCUGAAUGUCAGCAAGAUGUUUAUAAACUUCUAUUUCUGUCAUUUUGCAUAUCACCUGUUCAUACACUUACUAUAUUCACUGUGAAUGACACCAUGCAAGGGCGCUUAAAAUAUGGUAACAGCGGGGCGCUUAUUAAGAUAACAAAAUCUAUGUUAUGAGUCUAGCUUUGAUCACCAAACUUAAUCAAGUCUCUACAAUUGUCAUAUAAUAUGUAAGUAAUAGGACUUAUUUUGAAUUUUUUUCAUGAUAGGAGGGGCUUUUAUAUAUUAUUUCAAUUUCUUUACUAGAGAGGGGAGGGGGCUUAUAGGGGAAAAGUGUUAUUUGCAGAGAAUAUGGUAUGUGAAAGGUGAAGUUGUACGAAUUGUUCUUCACAUUUCACAUACCAAAUUCACAACACCCUAUUUAGUCAAGUAAUAUUUCUUGUGUUAUACCAUUGACUUUAUUUAUUUUUCUUCUAUUUUAUUUAGACUGCUUAGUUGAUGCAAUUACCUGACAUUAUCAAGUACAAGAUAUAUGUAUCUUUAGGUGACUAUUUUGUAUUUCAGUUGAAAACCAUUGAUAAACUUUCUUUUUCUCUCAAUUAUAAACCAUUGGUAUACGUGUAUCGUCCAUUUCCCUGAGUUUAUAACCAAGAUAUAUAUAUAUAUAUGUACUUUCCUUUUCCCCAAUGCAUAUAUCAUUGAUAUGUUGGUUUUUAUACAAAAUACGUGUAAAGAAAAUCAGUAUAUAUAUUUCGUCCGUCCAGAAAAAUGAAACCCGUCCAAUUUUGUAAGUUCUUGUGAUAUUAACAGUUAGUCAGUGUUAAGUAUAGAAGGUGCAGUGUAAUAAGUGUCCACAACAAAACUGUUUUAUCUUAAUGAGCAUUUCAUUUCUGUGAUGUACAAGAUCAGUCUAAUUAAAAAUAAGAUAUCUUAUUAUAUUACACUACAUAUCGUAGUGUAACGAGGUAUCUGAUUAGUACAAUGUAUGUCCACAAUAGUUUUGUUGAGGACAUAUAUUAUACAUCAUAGAAAUUUUAUUAUCAAAACAUGCAAUAUUUAUUGUUUUCAAUUUUUAGUUUUAAAAUAUCCCAAGAAUAAAUUUGAAUGUUAAAUAAAUUAUUAAGAUUUUUUUUAUUUACAUUAUUCUUUCGAAAUGUUGACAGUAUGAUGAGGUUUUGUAGCUCAAAGUUUGAAUCUUAAAUGUAUUUUUAUGUAUCAUACCAGGUCUUUCAAUGAAUAAUCCUGAUGGUUAGUGAAGGAUAUAUACCAUGCAUCAUUGAAAAUGUAUAUGUGUGUUAUUAAUUAUUUUGUUGCUUUUGAAUAAGUGCUAUGUACUUUGUUGCCCAAUGUAAUAAUUUGACUAGUCUUUUAGAAUGAAAGAAAGAGUGGAAAUACAGAAUAGUAUUUUUAAUGUAAAGAUAUAUACUUUAGUAUAUAUAUAUUUAAUAAGUCAUCUUGUCUUAAAUAUGGAAUCCGUCCAAAAUGUUGUAGAUAACCACAGGGACUUGACAGGAAUUUCCAACCUCACAGCACUUGUAAUAUACAUAUAUACAGACUGGUAUGGGAGUUUGUGUCAAGUUCCUGUGUAAAUAACUAAGAAUCUGUGAUAUGAAGUCCUUUGUACAUAAUGUAUAUUUGGUAUAGAUUGAUAUAUAACAUGUCUUUUAACCAGUCAGAAAUAAAAGAAUUUUACCACCAAUAACAGGUGGAAAAAACCAUGA